AUGUCUGUUCCGUUAAUCAAUCGUUCCUUGACUACAAUUAGAACCGAGCUCGAGUUCUUGAAGGACUCUGAAGUCAUCACCGAGGAAUUGUACCAAAAGUUGAACCAGAGCCUUCCUGCAAAAUUCACCAAGGAUAUGAACGCUUGGGGUGUAGAGAAGCUCGGCUUAGGUAACAACAACAACAACAACAGCACCACUACUGCCACUGAUAGAAUUGCUGAAGAUUUGGCUAUGACUACUAUUUCAACUCCUUCUCAAAUCGAAGCUCCCCCACACCCUCCACGCUCAAACUCCACCGCUAAGAAUAUUGGUUACUGUAAAGUCUUAUACGACUACCGUGCACUGGAAGCGGACGACUUGGAUCUCAAGAAGGAAGACCGUAUAGCCAUCGUCCAACACUUGUCACCUGACUGGUGGAAAGGAUACAAACAAGAUUCGUCUCCAGAAAAGGCAGGGGUAUUUCCUUCCAAUUACGUAGUGGAGAUCACUGAGAAGGAGUUCCAGGACUCUUUCAAUAGGGCACCUACUACAGUUCCAGAAAAGGCAUCAUACAAACCACAAAACAAUUUGUAUCAGCAACACCAAAUGCCUCCUCCAGAUUACGGUUCUCCAUAUGGACAGCCUCCAGUGCAACACCAACCUUCAUAUGGUGGAUACGCUCAAUAUCCUCCUCCUUCAACUAACUACUAUCAACCUCCUCCACCUCAGCAACAACCUCAGCAAGUUCAACAAGUUGAGGUUCAACCACAGUCAUCGGGAGUUAAUGCUCAUCCUCAUUUGAAGAAGUUUGGAAGCAAGUUGGGUAAUGCGGCUAUCUUUGGUGCCGGUGCCACAAUCGGUAGUAAUGUGGUCAACUCCAUUUUCUAA